AUGAUCAAGCUCGUAUUGGUCGUUCCAUCCAUAUUGGUCUCGACAGUGUUAUGCGGACCAUCAGCUGAUCUUGUUACAUCAUUGCCUGGUUUCAAUGGAACAGUUCCAUUCCAACACUAU